AUGUUCAAGCGUCUCGUCACCGUCGCCCCCCGCGUCGGCGCUGUGGCGCCCCGUACCUUCGCACCCCUCUCCGGCUUGCAGUCCAUCCAGCCCGUUCAACGCCUUGCCCCUGCUCCUGCUCAGCGGAGAGGCUACCAUGAGAAAGUUCUUGACCACUACAACAACCCACGGAACGUUGGAUCUUUCAAGAAGGGCGAUCAGGAUGUCGGUACCGGCCUGGUCGGUGCUCCCGCUUGCGGCGAUGUCAUGAAGCUCCAGAUCCGCGUGAACAAGGACUCCGGUCGUAUCGAUGACGUUGUUUUCAAGACUUUCGGCUGUGGCAGUGCUAUCGCUUCGUCAAGCUAUCUCACUGAGCUUGUCCGCGGUAUGACCCUGGAUGAGGCUGGCAAGAUCAAGAACACCGAUGUGGCCAAGGAGCUGUGUCUGCCCCCUGUUAAGCUUCAUUGCUCCAUGCUCGCCGAGGAUGCCAUCAAGUCCGCCAUCUCCGACUACUACACCAAGAACCCCAAGACCCAAGCAACCAACCUGUCCGGCACCGGCGCGUCUAUCCCCAACGUCAAGGUUGAGAUUGACCAGGCUGCGACCGGCAGCCCUGCUGCCCUCUAA